GGUUCAAGCGAGGAUCGAGGAAAUGACAAAUAAUAGACUUAGGAUGUACCCUUCGUGUACUUUCCACCUUUACUAUUCUGCUACGCUAGUCAGCAUGUGCAGCCUUGGAUAUUCAGCCUAAUUGACAACGUUUAUUCUCAGAUAAUUCACAUUGUAAUAUUUCCACCUUCAGCAGCAGCAUGAGCACGUUAUGGAUGGGGAACCUGGAGGCCUACAUGGAUGAGAAGUUUGUCACCAGAUCCUUUUCCACCAUGGGGGAGCAGGUGAUUAAUGUGCGGAUCAUACGCAACAAGAUGACCGGUUUGUCAUCACCCAGGGGGGCUCUGGGCUACUGUUUUGUCGAGAUGACAGAUGAGGCCACAGCAGAGAGAUGUCUCCGCAAAAUCAACGGCAAAGCCUUACCAGGAGCCAAUCCGCCCACAAGAUUCAAAUUAAACCGAGCCACCUUUGGGAAACAAGAAAGUGGUCAGAUGUAUUCUCUGUUCGUGGGAGAUCUCACGCCAGAGGUGGAUGAUGGGAUGCUUUACGAGUUCUUUUACAACCGGUACCCUUCCUGUCGAGGUGGAAAAGUGGUGCUGGACAGCAUGGGCAACUCCAAGGGCUGUGGCUUUGUUCAGUUCCCAGACGAGCGGCUGCAGAAGCGGGCUCUAGAGGACUGUCAGGGUGCUGUGGGACUGGGUAGUAAACCUCUGAGACUGAGCCUGGCUGCUAACAAUUUAAGGAACAGGCAGCAGCAGCAACCGUCAGAGCACAGAUCAUGGCAGUCCGGCUCAGGAUACAAGCCCAACUAUGACCAGUACAACCAGUACCAGCAGCAGGCCUAUCCGGGGUACUACCCCUCCUGGGGCUACGAUCAGACUGGAGGAGGGUACGGCUACAACUACCAGCAGUAUGAUUACACGCAGUACCCCCCACCACAGGAGAGUGAGGCCGUUGAGGAUGACGGACUUGAAGAUCCCAGUCCAGAGCUGGAUGUGGUGGAGGCCAACAGGAAGUUCAUGGAGCUCAGUGAAGAACUGUAUGACGCUCUGAUCGAGUGUCACUGGCAGCCAGCUGAGCUGUCCACAGAGCAGGACGAUGAGACGUCCAGCCUUCCAGAGCCCAUCUACUGCUGACUCUGCAGCUUUAAGGACAGAUGUCUGCGAGCAGCUUGGAUCCUUGAAGGACAUGAAGGACAGAAGUCACGCUAAGGGUUCUACAACAAAACAUGUUUCUGACGUUUUUAUGGAUCCACGGAACACACUGAGUAGAUAACGUGUUAAUAGUGUCAAGUCUCAAAAUGUUAUGACAGACACAAAACAUGGAAUGUAAAAUGAAACGAUUAAAAGCUAAGAUGGCAUGGAUAAAGUAAAGCAAAAAGAAAUCUUGAUACCAUUACACAAAGUGAUAUCUUCCAGGUUUGUGUCGGCGUUAAAAUGGAUAAACUGAGAUAUUGGCUACAGGUACAAUACACAUUAUGAUGUGCUCCCAUUAAAGCUGUAUGCAGAGAUCCUAUGUAAUUACAGCACUAUUACUAUUACUCCACUAUUCUGAGGACACAUGUUGGUAGAACAAUGAAAGGGUCAGUCUGUUGCUUUAGGUCAUUCAUUCGAUUUUCCAGAGUUGAUCCAUGGCUCUUUUCAUACUGACGUGUUUAAUCAGGCUUUAAUAUAAAUAGCUCCUACUGUUAGUCAUCUUCAUCACCAUAUAUAUGAUUAGAAGAACAUCAGUUAAAUAUCUGUUUUGUGUACUUAACAGUUUGAUCUGCAGCUAACGAACUAAAAAUAACAGAAAUCAUUCCAACCUGUUGGUGACUUAUUAAUUUAACAUGUUUACAACAUAUAUACGUAACACGAUAGGAAUGGUACAAAAGGCUUUUCAAUAUAAUACAUAGUACAUUGGUUCAGUGCUGAACACAGAAGUUGUCUGUCAGAUUAAUGAAGCCAGAAAUAUACAACUUCUAAAGUUGUAUGAGUUAUCUCCAUGGUGCCAGCCCAUCAUCGGCACAGCCAUUUAGAUGAAUGCCAGUUUUGUUUUCAUCUAUACUCACAUUGCCUCUAUGAAGAAUUACAGGGCAGUCAUUUGAACAUGUGUGGAGAAAAGCUUGUUCCUCUUUGAUCAAAUGAUCUUGAAUAAAAGGAGCUGAAACAGCACAAACUAAAUGUGCUACUCGAAUCAAUGCAGGUCUUUGAAACCAAAGGUGAUUUGAACAUGUUAGAGGUGUCACUAGGCUGGUUUCCAGCUCUCCAUAAUUCACUUUUCACAAGUAGCACACGCUUCCAUUUUAAUUGAGUACUUGAGUAACAGUGUUCAUCUACAUGGAAUGUGUUUAGUCUACAUACAGUAAGUCACAUUUCUGAGGUUUCUGAGAUGGCUAGUUAAACUUCUCAUUUACCAGGAGGAGUUUUUAUCACUCCGAACAUUCUGUCACUUUGUCUUUUCCUGGAAAUGUGCUCGAGGGUCCUGAUGCUGUUCAGCGGAGUUUCCAGCAGGUGGUGCUGCUGCAGCCAUCACAGCUACUGUCAAUAGGCCAGUGUGUGUAUGAGCACAUACAGGUGUUCAAUGUGAUGGAUGAUUUGCACAAUGAAAUAUAAACUGAAAGCAAAUGCUGUGUGGAAUGUGGGAAACCAAAAACUAGUCUAAAAUAAACCUGAGACUGCUCACAGAGUUGGAGGUUGAAUCCAUA